AUGAAGCAAAGCAUCCUGGUUGGUCUAUGCGAAUCACAUUAUCUGUCCUGGAAUUUCCAGAAUAUUGCGAGUGCAUGUGGUACGAUUGAAUUCCGUCGCCCACCGGCUGUCAAGUCUGCCGCAGAGGCAAUUCAUUGGAUCUCCUUCGCGCUGGGGUACGUCGCUCAUUCGAUGCAGAGAGAUUGGAGUACAGUCGCGCAAACAAACACCUUCCCUUCCAUGAAUGAUCUCCGGGCAGCUGUGGUCAGCGGGCUUCAAAAGAAGAACGAAAAACCAAUGAAGAAAAAGUGUCUUUGCCGAGAAGGACUCUAA